AUGGAUCCCAGCACAGGAACUCCCCUGUUCGUUGCCCAAGAGGCGCUGUGCUACUACCCAAUCAGCACAAUAUACAACUCAUGUCCCCGAUACCUGUUCUAUGCUCUCAUUCUGGCAAGCUGUGUAACCCGAUGGACUGGAUGGUUGGCGGACGUGUUUCUGGGCGCUGCGGCGACAUAUGCAGGGACGGCAGCCAUCCAAGCGUUCAUUCUCGUUUCCAGUCAACAAAAGCCACAGGAACCUAGUCUCAUUACUAUUCCGUUUAUAUCCUCAAACACGAGUCUCACGAAGGACUUUCCUCAACUGGUCACGGAAACGGACCAUCUCAUGCUUGCACCUGCCUCUUUGGAGUUGGAUGCCGAUGCCGUUCUUGCUAUUGUCGUUACUGGUUACCUGGUGUUCCUACCCCUCCAAAGCUGGUCGCGAGUCUUGACUCACGACCGAGCGCGCAACCUUUUGUUUUAUCUCUGGAAUAUCCUUAUGCUGGCGGGUUCGAUCUGUGCUCUGAUCUAUGCCGCGAAAGUACCAAAUACUCCGCUGCAGUACAUGUUUUGCUAUCCCGACUUCCCACCGUAUAGUGACACCUCAAGUGACGGUUGGGGGGACUCCUGGAGGACUUCGACUUGGAACAAUAGCGUGUGGGAGACAUUCUCGAAUACUUCACGCUGGGGCCAAAUCGGGGAUAUCUGCUAUAACCCCUGCUUCAAUACUAGCCAGAUUCUACGACAACAAAGCUCCUUGCACUCAGCUACGGUAACAGAAGAAGACUCCGCAGCGCCAUCAUCCCACGGAUUUUGGAACAAAAUUCUUUACUCGAAGCGGUACAUCUACAGUCUCAUCAUCCUAUGUCUCGUUCUCAACUGCCUACUGCUGGUCUUCAGGUUUCUCCCAUACAAAUCGCGAAUCCCCUCUUCUCAGAUCGUAGUUAUCUACAAAAGUCGACGGAAAAUCUGGACCGACUUCAAAGAAGAUGUUCGCAAUGGAGUGAAACGCCCAGUAAACGAGAAACCCGGAAAUGAAGAGGGCGGGAAUGCAACAUCUGUCGCCAAGCAACCCUCACAUUUGCGACGACUGCGGCCUUUCUUCACUUGGCAGUUUCUUAAGGCGUUUUUGCAUGUUUCAGUUGACGCUGGGAUUCUGUUCGGCAUUGUUUUCAGUAUGAUUAUUAGCCCAUUCACUAUCGUCGCAUUCGUCGUAUGGGUUGAGUGGACUCUAUACAACGACGGCCCAUCACAGGAGAGCCCACAACAGGUUGGACAGUGGGCGUAUCUGGUUUCGAUUGCACUUCUCGUGAUCUCCGCUGGGAUUUUAACACUAAAAUAUCGACUCGCCUCAUCCACAGAGUUGGACAAUGAGAUUGACGCUCUGCGAAAGCACUUGAGUGAUCUAGAGGAGAAGAGAGAAGCCCGGUCAUAA